CAUGCGCACUGUUGUUCCUCAGACCUCCAACACACGGUGAGCCGUUACCACAAUUGAUGAGCCGCUUUCAGUCAAAGUCUCAUUCAAGCCACGUGUUUUACUGAGAGGUUUCAAGAUUAGCCCGGGGAAGUUGCACCUUGAUGAACUCUGAAUCCCGCGAAGUUUAAAGUGGUGGUAGGAGAAGGGAAGACCGGCCUACAGUGGCACGGCGUGAAUUUGCGCACGCGUACUUCUGACAUGGGCUUUGAGUUACCCAGCCGGAUUGACUGAAGGCAGGUUUCCGAUCUUCGGCUUCUCACCAGAGCUGGAAAAAGCAUAAUGCCACCAAGUGUUGAAUGACUGUCUGGGACCAACAGGAAGCGAGCAGAACCCAGAGGACAAAGGGAGAGUGAGCUUUACAAUGCAUUGUGCUGCUGGAGCCUGAGUUGCCUGACCAAGUUAGUCAAUGUGAAUCUGAUAUGAGCAAUGGUGAGAUCACCCUUUAGUGUCAAUGAUACGAAGGAGAUGGAUCCUCUAGAUUCGUGUUCACCAAUCUUUUUAAGCCCAAGAUCCCUUACCUCGACCUGAGUGAAAGGUUACUAGGAAAAGAUCUGCCGAUGGGAAGCUUAACCCAAACAUCGGGUCAAAACCUGAAUGAGUUGGUCAGUUCAUUCACCACUGAACACCGGUCACUAAACACAGAAGCGAAAAACACCAUUCAGACUGGGAAGAAACAGUAUAGAUGUUCUUUAUGUGGGAAGGGUUUUACCCGAUCUUACAUGCUGCUGAGGCACCACCGAGUUCACACUGGGGAGAGGCCAUACACCUGUUCGAUAUGUGGGAAAGGCUUCACUUCUUCAUCCAACCUACAGACGCACCAACUCGUUCACACUGAUGCAAGACCUUUCAAAUGCUCCGAAUGUAAGAAGAGCUUUAAAAGCAGGGCUCAUCUGUUGAAACACCGACAGACUCAUACUGGAGAGAGACCAUUUACCUGCUCCGUGUGUGAGAAGGGAUUCAGUUCUUCAUCCAACCUACAAACACACCAACUUAUUCACACCAAUUUGAGACCUUUUAAAUGUUCUCUAUGUAAAAAGGAUUUUAAAAACAGCAGUGAUCUGCUGAAACACCAGCACACUCACAGUGGAGAGAGACCCUUCACAUGUUCUGAGUGUGGUAAGGGAUUCACUUCUUCAUCCAACCUCACUGCACACCAACUUGUUCACACUGAUAAGAGACCCUUUAAAUGCUUUGACUGUGUGAAGAGCUUUAAAAGCAAACAAGAACUGCUGAAACAUCAACGCACUCAUGCCCUAGAAAGGCCAUUCACCUGCUCUCGAUGUGGGAAGGGAUUCACUCGACCAUCCAGCCAACUGGCACACCAGUGUACCAGGGCAGGUGGGAAAGGUUUCAGGCGUUCCCUUCAGCUCACCACUCACCAGUUUGUUCAUAGCAAUCAGGAUCCAUUUCAGUUUACUGACGGCAACAGGAACGAUUUGCUGGUAUGGCAUCGUGCCUAUGCUGGAGAGAGGCCAUUUACCUGCCCAGUGUGUGGAAAAGGAUUCACCCUGUCAUCCACACUGCUAAGACACCAACUCAUUCACAGUGGAGAGAGGCCAUUCGUUUGCUCUGUGUGUGGAAAGGGAUUCACUUUGUCAGCCGACCUGUUGAAGCAUCAGCGAAUCCACACUGGAGAAAAACCCUUCAAAUGCACACUGUGUGGGAAAAAAUUCAGAUGUUCAACCAACCUUAAUGUCCAUCAAUGUGUGCACACUGGGGAGAGACCGUUUACAUGCUCUGUCUGUGGGAAGGGAUACAUCCUGUCUUCCCACCUGCUGAGACAUCAGCUUGUUCACACUGAUCAGAGACCUUUUAAAUGCUUUGACUGUGAGAAAAGCUUUAAACACAGAAGCGAUUUGCUGAGACACCAACGUACUCACACUUUGGAAAGGCCAUUCGCCUGCUCUGUGUGUGGAAAGAAAUUCACCCUUUCAUCAUAUCUGCUAAGACACCAGCUCACUCACACUGGAGAGAGGCGAUUUACUUGCUCAGUGUGUGGGAAGGGAUUCACGCAGUCAUCAACCCUACUGAGACACCAACUCACACAUACAGGAGAGUGGCCGUUCACCUGCUCAGACUGUGGAAAGGGAUUCACUUGCAGUUCUCAUCUCACUGAACAUAAACGUCUUCAUACUGGUGAGAGAUGGUUUCCUCUUUGUGUAGGAAAGGAUUCAGUAGAUGAUCCAAGCAUAUGAGGUACCAGUUUCUUCACACUGAAGAGAACUGAUACACCUAAUCCAUGUGUCGACAGAGAUUUACUUCAUUUCACUAAACACUAGCUUAUUCAAUCUGAUACGGUAGCUUUUAGUGUUUGGGCUGUGAAAUUUGUUGUAAAAGCAAGUGAUUUGUAAAACACCAAUGUACUUGCCCUUGGAAGAGGCCAUUAAAAAUUCCACAGUUGGUAGAGAAUUCUCUCAAUAUUUGAAUUGUUGAGCUACUAAAAAACUCACAGGUGACUGCAGUAAAGUUAUGAUAAUCUUGUAUCCGAUGUUUCGACAUCUUGGUUGGCAUUGAUGAGUUGGGUCGAAGGGCCUGUUCCUGUGUUGUAUUACUCUAUAACUAACCUGGAUGCUAAGUCAUUGCUAUCCACUGGGUGUCGGGUCAGCACUUGUUAGGUGAAGGUGAAGGGCCAGCAUGGCUUGGGUUUGUAUUUGGGAUCGGGAUCACUGAGCGGGGGUUAAGAUUGCAAUGAGCUUUGACUCAGAGCUCAAGCCAGAACUGGGAUCCACCGUAUAAUCUGGGUGUGUAGCUCGAACUAGGCUACAGAGUGUAAUCCACAUUUGCAGAACUCCUAAAAUCAAUCUGGGGUCCAGAGUAUAAUCCGAGUGUACAGCUGGAGCUGGGACCAAGAAAGGAUGAAGUGUAUAAAGAUUGCAGUCACCAGUCCUGGCUGUACACCCUGUCCUCACUCUCUGAAAUACAAGCUGAAACUCACUGGGCUGUGUGUCCUGCUCUCUUUAAACUCACAGAGUUCACUGGAAAAUUUAUUAUGUGUAACAGAUGUUCCUUUUUAAAAAAGUGCAAAAUAAAUGUGAGACAAUGGGAAAGAAAUCCAAAAGUCUAGUAAACUUUGCUAGUGCAUUCAACACC